UUCCAAAUAAUGGCCAUGCUAUUGGCCAGGUUAAAUUAAACGAAGGAACGCAUUGACUCGAAACGCCAUACUCCUUCCUUUUCAGAGUGCUCUUAAGGCAAGAUGACAAAAGGUACAUCCAGCUUCGGUAAGCGGCGUAAUAAGACGCACACAUUGUGUAGGAGAUGUGGUAAUAGCUCGUACCACAUUCAAAAAUCACAAUGUGCUCAGUGUGGUUAUCCAAAAAAGAAAAUGCGUUCAUAUAAUUGGUCGGUCAAAGCUAAGAGGAGGAAGACUACUGGUACUGGUCGUAUGCGUCGUCUUAAAAUUGUUCGCCGCAAGUUUAAGAAUGGAUUCAGAGAAGGUGUGCCAAAACCUAAAGCUGUUGCGGCAAAAUAAACAAUAUUGUGUAAUUAAGUUAUACAAUUUUGACUACUAAUAAAAAUCAGAAAAUCCAAA